CAAUUGCCAAAAUGGUAUUAGAAAUGGAAAUGUCGAAAACAUAUCAGUAUCGGAAAGUGAUGAAACCAAUGCUAGAACGCAAACGUCGCGCUAGGAUCAACAAGUGCCUGGACGAAUUAAAGGAGAUUAUGGUCGAGUGCUUAACUCAGGAAGGUGAACACAUCACACGGCUGGAAAAAGCCGAUAUCCUGGAACUUACUGUCGAACACAUGAAAAAGUUGAAACAGCAAAAACAAUUAAGGAUAUCACAAGAACCACUGAAAGCUGCAGCAUCCGUAACAGAAAGCUUCCGUGCAGGAUAUAUCCACGCCGCCAACGAAGUUUCCAAAGCCUUAGCAUCCCUACCAGGAGUUAGUGUAGAUCUCGGAACUCAAUUAAUGAGUCACUUAGGACAUCGUCUCAACUACCUGCAAGUUGUUGUGCCCACAGCCUUGCCACCCACUACCACACCUGCGAAACAAGUGUAUCCGCCACUUAGUCAAACUACAACCCCAUUCACAGGAUACUACGAGGAAAGUGGACGGAUACCUGUUGCUUUGACACCACCCCCGUCGGAAUGUUGUAGCGAUCGCAGCAGCAGCCCCACGCCCAGUGAAUCCAGCUCCGUGUGGAGACCGUGGUAAUCAACCAGUCCUAGGAUUACGUUAUGUUUAAGGAUUAACCCAUGUUAAGGGCUUUCAAGUCCUAAAACGGCUGUGGAUUGUUACUACUACUUCCAAUUUGUUAACUGUGAUAUGCUAUUUAAAAAUGAAUGCAGAAAAAAGAAUAAUCAAAAGAAAAGAUAAUGAAAAGAAUAAGAAAAGCAAUAAAAAGGAAAAUAUUGAACUUUAAA